CUCAAAGAGCUGCGUAUGCGUGUUGUGUUGAGUUGAGUCGAGUAGCAGUGAUGGCGGAGACGAGAAGGGGAGAGGAGAGAGAGCCGACAAUGGGGAAGAAGAAGAAAGAGGGGAAAGACGAGGAGGGAGAGAAGAUGGAGGAGGAAGGGCAAAACCUGCUGGGACAGCCGAAGUUUAAGAAGCUGGAGAAUGGGAGGUUGAAGUGUGUGGAGACUGGGCACGAGCUGCCCGCCCACUCCAAGGAAUCCUAUGCCCGCGGCAAGCACUGCCGCCUCGGCCUCAUCGACGCCGCUUUGGCCCGCAGCAAGCCCCCUCUCAACAUGUUCCACCAAGACCCUCUCUCCCGGUCGAAGUUAAUAUGUAAGCUGACAGGAGUUACCAUCAAUAAAUCCGAGGAGCAUAUAUGGAAACAUAUCAAUGGGAGAAGGUUCCUGAACAUGUUAGAGAAAAAGGAAGAUGAAAGGCAAAUGGAAGGUGAAAUGCUGGCAGAGCAGGGACAACAGACACAGGAGAGAAUGUCAAGGACAAAAGCCAAGGGUUUGAAGAAAAAGAAAAAGGAGGAUAAGAAUGCCAUCAAAGAUAUCUCAGAGGUUAGGAAUUCUUCUAAUAUGGACAGCAGCUCCAAAGGAGAUGACUUUUGGAUGCCUCCAGUGGGAAAUCGUUGGGACUUUGAUGAGGGAGGAGAUCGAUGGGAUUCUAGUUUGGAGUCAGAAUCAGAAACUGAACCUGCUAAAGAAGAAGAUAUAUACAAAGAAAAGAAAUAGACUGAACGUGAAUCGAUUGUACAAUCUAGCCUAUGUCCAAUUGAAUGCGAAAUUGAUGGACAAGCAAAAAAUGGAGAAAGAAAGGAAUGCUGAUGUGCUAUUUGCUAAUGAUGCUAGUAAUGCACAAAAAUGGAUCGUUGAUGGAGGAGAUGAUGAAGAAGUUGAACUUGGUACGAGGCUCACUUGGGAAGUGGUUGGUGAAGCAUCCGGAGCAAACAAGAUGCUUCAACCUCGAAGAAGUUUUAGGAUAAAAGAGCUUCGUGAAGAUGAUUUUCAAUUAGAAGAAGAAGAUGAGCAUGAAAUCAAUGAAUUUGAUUUUGAGUCUGAUGAAGAUUGUGUGUUAAAAGAAUAUGGAGAGAAAGAAGUCCAAUUAGAUAGUUAGAUCAUUUGCAUAUGGUUUAUGUUGUAUUAUUGCUGCUUCUGUUUUUUGAACCUAGAACUAAUCUAAGGUCCAUAUAAAAUAUUACAUCUAAGGAAUUGAAUUCCAUAUUUACUGUUUGACACAUUAUAUUUUUCAUGGAAUUGAAUUAUAUAGUACAAUCAUUAAAGCAUAUUUUGACAUAUUUUUCAUGAAAAAUUUCAUCUAGGGAAAGGUAGUUUUUGCAAGUUGGAAAAUGUUUUCUUUUCUAACUAAAUGCUAUCAAACACAUCCUAAUAGUUUGUUUUUUCAGGCUUAAUUUCAUUAUUUCACUUAUCUUUCCAACUUUCAUUUAUCUGAAAAUAAUAUCAAAUUGCAUCAAAAAAUUAAAAAAAAAAAAAGAAGACAUUUUUCCUAGGCUCUGCUUAAUCCCCACCUAGGCAUCGUCUAGGCACUAGGCUCUAAUUUGGUGCCUAACUAGUGCCUAGCAUGUUUUAGAACAUUAGAAGAAAUCCCUUCGGAGGAAUAUGAGCCUAGUAAGUCUUUCGAGAAAAGGAAUGCUUUGAGGAAAGUUGUCAUUGUGCGGGGCGAUGAUGGGUUUAUUAUUACAUGAGAGGGAGUUUGGGAGAAGAUCUCCCUUCUUGUUCCUCGGGAGAAUGACUCAACUGGGUGAAUGCCAUGUGAUGCCUGCCAUGUGAAUGAGACUUCUCUGGGAGAGCGUUCUUUUGUGCGAGAUCUGUACUUCCUUCGGGAGAAUGACUCCUACCUUGGAGGUUAGGUUACAACACUUAUACCACAAACUAACCUUGAAACUUGACGAUUACAUUGGUAUCUUAUAAAGAUAGGAAAAAAUAAAAACAAAAACAAAAAGGAAGAGUUGGUGUUUAAGUUCCUCAUAAAUUUGAUCCUAGAAUAAGAACAUGAUUGCUGAUGUGCCAAAUUUGUCCUUAUAUUUGAUUAAUUUGGCACCUCAAUCAUGGGUUAAGAGAUUAUUGCUACGGUUUGUCAACAUUUUUUAUUUUGAUUUCCUCCUAUCCAGAAUCUUCAAAUGUAGCUGCUCUAAUCACCUUCCCAAACCGAGCUGAUUGUUUUUUUUGUUCUCUUUUUUUCUGGAAUGUCUUGCGUCUGAUAUUUACUCAGUAUCUGUAGUUAUUACCUAGAGUUAGAUCUCCAAAAAGA